AUGACGCCUCGCUAUUGCCGGUGUCUGCAGGAGUUCGCCGUGGCCAAGGAGCAGCACGUGGUGCAGCCGCCGGCGACGGUGGCGCCGCACGCGGUGACGCCCGAGCUGCCGCGCGCCGCGCCGCUGGACAGCAGCCCCGCGCUGCCGCACCAGAGCCGCUCGUACCCGCUGGGGCCGCCGCGCCUGGCGCGCACGCCCUCGGUGGCGUCGCACGGCAGCCUGGACAGCGCCUCCUCCCGGCAGGCCGCCAAACGUUUAUGCACUACCUCCAUAUGGGGCGGACCAGUAGAGUUUGGGCUUGGCCGGCUGGGCGAGCUCCGGCUGGGGAGUUGCAGUGCCAAACCCCGCAAACCCUUUGCUGUAAUUGCACCAGAUCCUACGUUCCCCACCGGCAAAGUGUUAACCGCCCGGCUCCCCCGAGGUCUGCCCAUCUCCAUCAGUUCCGCUGUGGACCACCAACAACCUCCAGACUCAAGGAUUAGCAGCCCCAUAGGACCGCCUUUACCAUAUCCGUUGCCGCGCCGGCAAUCAACGCAUAAUGAGCCUCGCUCAUUGCCCCCCCCCCCGUGUCUGAAGGGGUUCGCCGUGCGAGCAGCAGUGGGUGCGCCGCCGCGACAGGUGGCGCCCACGCCGGUGACGCCGCAGCUCGCCGCGCCGCGCCGCUGGGCACGCAGCCCCGCCUGCCCACCAGAGGGCGUGUACCGCUGGCAGCCGCCCGCGCACCCUGCCGCGCACGCCUCGCUCGGCGUGCACCGGCAGCCUGGACAUUUCGCCUUCUCUCGGGCGGUCGGCUCCUCGUCCGGCCCUGCAAAGGGCCCCGGUCUACGUUGA